GACUGUCGAAGCUUUUGGUGCUGAUCGAGCUGCAGGGUGGUACGUGGUGCAGGAACCUGACCGUGUGCGAUCAACGCAAGGAAACAGAUAUAUGUUCGUCUGACUACAUGGCACGACGGUUGAGUUCGCCGGCAUCUUGAGCCACGACGGAUUGCAGAAUCCAGAUUUUUACAAUUGGAAUAAAGUUAAGGUAAGAUAUUGCGAUGGUGGGUCAUUUUCUGGAAAAGUCGAAGAUGAAUUUCAGGAUGGCAGCAACUUCUUCUUUGGAGGCUAUGAAGCAGUUGUGAGUGAACUUUCAUCCAAGGACCUGCCCGUGCUAAAGAGGUAGCCUUCCUACAAAAAAUAGGUGUGAUUAUAGAUAGAAGCGAGUUUAGAAUUUGAACUUUGAACGAGUCUCAAUAUUUCUUAGUGCUGUCACAAUAAUAGAUCUGCCAUACUAGUCACGCCAACAACUGGCCCCACAAGUUUGUCAUCAUAACCAACCUAGGGUUUUGUGCUUGGCACCUGCCGGUGCGCCUUUACGCACUUGCAAGCGGAGCGGCCUCCUCUGAAUUUCAGGUUAGCAGAACCUGUGCACCAGUUACGUGCAACAUGCGGCAAAAUCCAGCAACAUCCGCUGAAAUUGGCAGUAAUUUUUGUUAAAGCCUGAUCGCCUCCCAGUUCGCCAUGUCAAUAGGUCAAUCAGAUGAAACAAGAGAAAUAUUAAUGGUGCACAACUUUAGCGUCGACGCAACUAUAUAUGUAAAUGAACAAAACAUCACGGCUAUAUUUGACAAGUCUUGGUAUAUAGAAUGCAACAGAAUGAAGGAUAACCAAGUUCCUACUGAAAUGAAUAAGCUAAGACUAGCCAGUUUUCUAUCUGCUUUCUUUCUCUUUGUGAGAUUGUUUUGUACACUUGUAAGAAUUAAACAGAAAAUGUAUAUACUCCCUCUGGAUGGAUAAAAUUGACGCGAAGUGUGAACUGGAAGUAGCUUAUCUACGUACUACAGCUGCGUCGAUUAAACAAGACCAGAGGGAGUACAUUGCAGUAGGAAACUACUUUUUCCCCUAAAAAACAAAUUUACAUCUAGUUCUCCAAAUAUUUCGUCUUCUAGCUCUGUGAUUUACAUGUUCAGGUUCUUUGAAAUAUCCUACCAAAAUGAUCUCAUAGGACAAGGCAAAGCCUCCGUGUUCAACGUAAUGUCAAACUGGAGUCCAAUUCAUCGAUGUGACAACCAAGGACUGUCCAAAACUGAGAUUGGUUUGAGAGGCCUCUCAUUUGUCUGCCCGGACAGCCACGGCCUCAUGUAAUAGUGCAGCAAGAUUCCCGUACAGAAAUUUCCACAAAAUUUCUAUGCAUUUUCCAUCUCCACCUCCCCAGGCAGCUAGCUAGGAGCAAAUGCUAGCUUGGAGUAGAGAUUUUCCACCGAAAGAGAACAAACCGGUUUCUGUCAUGGACAGCCAUUACCUAUAAUGCUAACCAGAAGACCACCUGUCAGGUCAACACCUAGCCGAUUAGCUAUAGCCUAUAGUAACAUUCAUCCACACCUUUGAAUUUUUUCACAAGAAAAGGUCGGUCAGUCCAUGCGUGGCAUGCUCUGCUGCUGCUGCCGAGUGGAGAGUGGCAUGUUAAUGCAUGAUGAUAGCAUCUUGCGUUACUGCGUUGGCACCCCGCUUUGCACGGCAAACCGAGACGGCCAUCCAGCACUAGCAAUGGCGCACCACUCCUAUAUAAGUCGUGUGCACGCCAAAGCUCUUGACACACACAAUCUCAGGAUUUCUGGUGAUCACACUCACUCCACGGUACACAGUUCACACUAGCUACCUGCACUAGAUAUGGCAACCACGGCACGACCUCUGGCAGUGUUCCUGCUUCUGCUCUUGCUGGCCGUACAGCUAGUGGAGGGAAGCAAGAGCCGCAACUCCGAGCGGGACGCACUGCGGGCAUUCAGGGCCGGCGUGUCGGACCCGUCAGGUACGCUCCAGUCGUGGAACAGCACGGCGCACUUCUGCCGGUGGGAAGGGGUGACCUGCGACCACGGGCACGUGACGUCCCUGGGCGUGUCUGGCCUCUCUGGGACCAUCUCCCCUGCCAUCGGCAACCUCACCUACCUGGAGACCCUCAACUUCAGCAAGAACGCCUUCUCGGGGAGCAUCCCAGCGACCCUCGGGCGGCUGCGACGUCUUAGUUACCUCAGCUUCUGCGACAACGGGCUCAGCGGGGUGAUACCUGAUAGCCUCCGCAACUGCACCGGCCUCGCCUAUGUGUACCUCAACAACAACAGCCUCGCCGGUGCCAUCCCCGACUGGCUCGGGACUAUGCCAAAUCUCACCUACCUAUGGCUCUAUGGCAACUCGUUGUCCGGAGAGAUACCGCAGUCGCUCGGCAACCUCACCAAGCUUGCGAGCCUCAAGCUAGACAAGAAUCUUCUAAAAGGCAAUCUCCCUGUUGGCCUCUCGCAACUUCCUCUCCUCCAAACACUUAGUGUCUCCCAGAACAAAUUGGGUGGUGAUAUCCCACUUGGUUUCUUCAACAUGUCCUUGUUGGAAGACAUGUCUCUCGCGGACAAUGCAUUCGGUGGGAGCCUUCCGCCGUACGCAGGCACAGGCAUGAAAAAUCUUGGGGGCCUCUUCCUCGGCGGGAACAGACUCACCGGGCUAAUUCCAGCAACACUAGCAAACGCUUCCGGCAUGACAUAUCUCAGCCUCUCCGACAACGGCUUCACUGGUCGGGUGCCACCACAGAUAGGGACGUUGUGCCUAUAUGCACUGGAGAUGUCCAACAAUGACUUGGCUGCAACUGAUGGCGCUGGGUGGGAGUUCUUGGACCGUUUGACAAACUGCAGCGGCCUACGUAGGCUUUCUCUCGACAACAACAAUUUCAGCGGGAGGAUGCCAAUCUCCAUCAGCAGCCUCUCGAGGGAGCUUUUGGAAUUAAACCUCGGGGGCAACCGCAUGUCAGGGUCCAUUCCACCUAGCAUUGGGAACCUCACUGCACUGCAAACGUUGGGGCUUGAGUCCAAUCUCCUCACCGGCACCAUUCCGGACGGGAUUGGGAAGCUCAAGAACCUCAUGGAGUUACGGUUGCAGGAGAACAAAUUGUCAGGGACAGUGCCAUCUUCCAUCGGCAGCCUGACAAAGAUGCUCAAGCUAGUGCUGAGCAGUAAUGUGUUGAGUGGAUCCAUCCCUCCAACCCUCGGUAACCUGCAGGAAAUGGUUCUUCUCAAUCUCUCUGCCAACAAGCUUACCGGCCAAGUCCCGACACAGCUCUUCGACCUUCCAUCGCUAUCCCAAGCAAUGGACUUGUCGAACAACCGGCUCGAAGGCCCGCUUCCUCGCGACGUCAUCCGCCUUGGGAACCUCGCGUUCCUGAAGUUGUCCAGAAACUUCUUCAACGGCGAGAUACCAGAGCAGCUCGAUAGUUGCCAGAGCUUAGAGUUGCUCGAUUUGGAUAGCAACCUCUUCAACGGAACCAUCCCACUGUCGCUGAGCAAACUGAAGGGGCUCCGGAGGCUGAACCUGACAAGCAACAGAUUGUCAGGUAGCAUCCCGUCAGAGCUCGGCGACAUGUCUGGGCUGCAGGAGCUGUACCUUUCAUGGAACAACCUGACAGGAGUAAUCCCUGAUGAGCUGGGGAACGCGAGCUCGUUGAUCAAGAUGGACGUUUCCUACAACCAUUUGGAAGGUCAGGUGCCGCUCCAUGGCGUGCUUGCAAACCUGACCGGGCUUAACAUCGCCGGGAACAGCGAGCUCUGUGGUGGCGUUCCGCAGCUCCAUCUGCUGCGAUGUCCUGUUGCAAGGCACACUCAACAUACAGAUUGGCGUCUUCCUAUCGUGGUACCGAUCUUCGGCAUAUCUCUCUUCUCGGGCAUGUUCCUCGCCAUUUUCCUAUGCUACAAGAGAAAGUCGAGACAUAGAGAAAGCACGACACAACCAGACAUACUUGAUGCCAUGAACUACGAGAGGAUCUCCUAUGCCGAAUUGGCGAAAGCCACAAACGGCUUUGCAGAUAGCAAUCUGAUAGGUGCAGGAAAGUUUGGCUAUGUUUACAAGGGGACUCUGCCCCUGAAAGUCAAGGAGGGGUUCGAGCACGGCCUCGUGGCCGUGAAGGUGUUCGAUCUACAGCAAGUCGGUGCCUCCAAGACAUUCCUGUCAGAGUGUGAGGCAUUGCGCACCAUACGACACCGGAAUCUGAUUAGCAUCAUCACUUGCUGCUCCAGCAUCACCCCCAGGGGCGACGAGUUCAGAGCUCUAGUGUUCGAGCUCAUGCCCAACUAUAGCCUAGACAGGUGGCUGCAUCCGACGCCUGAAACGCUCAAGAAUGUCGGCAGGCUGACCGCAAUCCAGCGGCUCAACAUUGCGGUGGACAUUGCCGACGCGCUGCACUAUCUCCACGACAGCUGCGUACCACCUAUCAUACACUGCGAUCUCAAGCCGAGCAAUGUUCUUCUCGGUGAGGACAUGAUGGCCUGCAUCGGUGACUUCGGCCUCGCAAAGCUGCUUCUUGAUCCAGGGAUCCAAGACGCCGCCAGCUCUGAGAGCACCAUUGGAAUCCGAGGCACGAUCGGCUACGUCGCACCAGAGUACGGCACGACUGGUAAAGUUUCAACAUAUGGGGACACCUACAGCUUUGGUGUAACACUGCUGGAGAUUUUCACCGGAAAGUCACCAACCCGUGACUCCUUCGUCGACGGCCUAACGCUGCAGGGGUUCGUCAGCGCGGCGUUUCCUGACAGGAUUGAGGAGGUCCUUGACACGACGCUGCUUAUCCCCACGGAAUUCGAUGGUGAUUGUAGCGGUGUUUCAGAGCAGGAUUGGUUGGUUCCUGCCAUCAGGGUUGGGCUUAGCUGCACCAAAGCAGCGCCGUACGAAAGGAUGAGCAUGAGGGAUGCGGCCGCUGAGCUGCGCACGAUCAGAGAUGCUAGUCUCCGUGUCUGAAUCUUAGCUAGAUUUUUUUUUUCUUCCGAGAGAUAGUGUGUACGGUAUGUUCAGAGUUCAGAACUUCAGGCUUUCCCCAGUUUUUUCUCAUGAGAAGACAUUUCGACCCGAACCAGCAGGGGCACUGCUUUUACAUUCUACAAAGAAGGAAAGGAACAAAUAGAUCCUAAUACUAUCAAUUCUCCGCUCUAAA